GAGCAGGAGCAGAUCAACUUGGCACAUGGCUCCCACCAUCUGUGGGGGUAGCAAAGCCACUAAUGGGCUGGUGCUGGGAGCAUCCCCAAACGGGACGGGGUUUAUGGCCUUCCCUGCCUGUUCUGGCUGUGCCUGGAAGUGCUUGUGGCGUGGAAAGCGGGCAGCCUGCUGGGAUCACCCACCCUGGCAGUGCUGAGUGGUCCGUCAGUGUCAGCAUGGUUUGGAGUAGGCAGUGUGCUUAUUGGCCCCGUCGCUGCCAGGACCGUGCUGAAAUGGCAGAGGAAGUGCCAAGAUGCUGCCAUGAAUCUGAACAGGAUUCAGCUGAGGGAGAAGAACGAGGUUUUCCUAAUUUAUAGCUGCCAGAGCACCACUGUGUGAGCAGCCUGUCCCAAACCCUGACCCCUUUUUGCUGGCUUGGCCUCUAGCUUUCCUGUUAGAUCCAGCUGCAUUGGUGUUGUUAUCACUGCGGGAUCACUGAGUCGCACUGCCACAGGGACCAGCCUGCUCCACUUACUGAGGUGGCACGCGCCAGGCUGGUCUUUUUGCCCAAGAUAGCCAAAAAGCCAAAGGCACUGAGAAGGCGUGAUGAGCACAAGGAGGAUGGGUGGCCAGCGGCAGAACGCAGCAGCCGGGUGACCCUGGUGCUGGAGGCAACCCUGCAGCAUCCCUGCCGACGCUGUUUUUGAUUAUUUUAAGAGGAGCACACCCGGCGCGAUGUGAGGCAGUGAUGAUGCAGCUCCUGCCCAGGCUCCCCGUGGCCCCGGACGAGCCUUCCCCCGCCUGAGCUGCGCAGGGGCGGCUGGUGGCAGCCGCUCGUUCGCCCACGCGCUGCCGGUGCCGGGCUGCGGCGCCGACACGGUUAAGGCACCGGCGGGAUCGGGAGCCGGCUGCAGCCACCGGCGGAGCCAAACUUGCCGAGUCAGGAUGUGAGAGCGGCGGGGACGGCUCUGCAGCAUCCCUUAGGUGCUGUCGCAUCCCGGGGCGCGGAGGGCUCGGCUUCCCCCUCCGCCGGACGCCUUUUCCCGGGGACGGAGCGGGAAUGGGGUAGGAACCGCCAUCCACUGCGUUUGCCGCCGGCUGUAGCAGCUGCUCUGCCGCUUCCCGAGCUCCGCGGAGCCGGCAGCGGGGUUUGACUCGUUGCCUUGUGCCUCCCGACCGCGCAUCGCCCUGCGUCCGAGCACCGGAGACAGGGGUGAGGCAGCAAGUGGCUCCGGGGAGCCCAGGCUGGCUCCAUGUAUCCCGAAUCCACCACUGACUCCCCAGCGCGACUCUCGCUGCGGCAGACGGGCUCCCCAGGGAUGAUUUACAGCGCGAGAUACGGGAGCCCCAAGCGCCAGCUCCAGUUCUACAGGAACCUCGGGAAGUCUGGGCUGCGUGUGUCCUGCCUGGGUCUGGGAACAUGGGUGACUUUCGGAGGGCAGAUCACAGAUGAGAUGGCAGAGCAGCUGAUGACUUUAGCUUAUGACAACGGCAUUAAUCUCUUCGACACGGCAGAAGUCUACGCUGCUGGCAAGGCCGAGGUGGUGCUGGGGAACAUCAUCAAGAAGAAAGGGUGGAGACGGUCCAGCCUGGUCAUCACCACCAAAAUCUUCUGGGGAGGAAAGGCUGAGACAGAGAGGGGCCUGUCCCGAAAACACAUCAUAGAAGGUCUGAAGGCAUCUCUGGAGAGGCUGCAGCUAGAGUAUGUGGAUGUGGUGUUCGCCAACCGGCCCGACCCCAACACGCCGAUGGAAGAGACAGUGCGAGCCAUGACCCAUGUCAUCAACCAGGGGAUGGCCAUGUACUGGGGGACCUCACGCUGGAGCUCCAUGGAGAUCAUGGAGGCGUACUCGGUGGCCCGGCAGUUCAACCUGAUUCCGCCCAUCUGCGAGCAGGCCGAGUACCACAUGUUCCAGCGGGAAAAGGUGGAGGUGCAGCUCCCUGAGCUCUUCCACAAGAUAGGUGUUGGAGCCAUGACCUGGUCCCCACUGGCCUGUGGCAUCGUCUCGGGGAAGUACGAUGGGGGCAUCCCCCCCUACUCCCGUGCGUCACUCAAGGGAUACCAGUGGCUGAAGGACAAGAUCCUGAGUGAAGAGGGCCGGCGGCAGCAGGCAAAGCUGAAGGAGCUGCAGGCCAUUGCUGAGCGCCUGGGCUGCACCCUCCCCCAGCUCGCCAUCGCCUGGUGCCUGCGCAAUGAGGGUGUCAGCUCUGUCUUACUGGGGGCCUCCAAUGCCGACCAGCUGAUGGAGAAUAUUGGAGCAAUACAGGUCCUUCCAAAGCUGUCGUCUUCCAUCGUCCACGAGAUCGAUAGCAUCCUGGGCAACAAACCAUACAGCAAGAAGGACUACAGAUCCUAAGCGCGCCCGAGCGCUCUGCCCGCCGCGCAGCCCUCGCCGCCCGUUCGCUUGCUUAACGCUUUGUUGGAGCGAAGUGGAGAGUGUGGCUCGCACCAUGAGCGCCGAGAGCCAGCGCUCCCGCCCGCGCUGCCCCGGACGUGGCUCCACGGCGCAGGGACGGCCGGCGGGAGGCGAGCCCCGGGCUGCCCGGCCGCCCUGCCCGCGGGACCCGAUGCAUGCGUGGCUCCUGCCUCCGCGUUGGCGGCGGGCGCGGGGCGCACGCGGGUGCUGUACGCCCACGAGGCCGACAACACGAAGCUGUUCCCCA